CAGGAUAAAAUCCAGCCUCUGUUCUCUGCUGUCCCUCUUUCUCUCUGUCCCUCGCACAUACAAACACAAAGCUCAGCUCAGCCCUACACUAAAUACACACAGAAAUUAAUAAAACACACAAAUUCAUCAUUAGUUGGUCCACUUUUCUGGUGCUGUGAAACUUAAAAUUUUGACCUCAUGGAGGAUUACCACAAACCUGACCAGCAGACAGUCCAGGCGCUGAAGAACAUCGCUAACCGCCUCCGAAUCAACUCCAUUAAGGCAACGACUGCAGCUGGAAGUGGCCAUCCCACAUCAUGCUGCAGCGUAGCAGAAAUCAUGUCUGUCCUUUUCUUCCACACCAUGAAGUACCGUCCUGAAGAUCCAAGAAAUUUUAACAAUGACCGGUUCAUCCUUUCUAAGGGUCACGCUGCUCCCGCUUUGUACUCCAUGUGGGUUGAAACAGGUUUCCUGAAGGAGAGUGAUCUGCUCAGUUUGUGCCAGGUUGACUCGACCCUGGAAGGCCACCCAACUCCGAGGCAACAAUUUGUUGAUGUGGCCACUGGAUCACUGGGACAGGGGCUUGGUGUGGCCUGUGGAAUGGCAUACACUGGGAAAUACUUUGAUAAAUCCAGUUACCGUGUGUUCUGCCUGCUGGGGGAUGGCGAGAUGUCGGAGGGCUCUGUCUGGGAAGCCAUGUCAUUUGCCUCCUUCUAUCAGCUUGACAACUUGGUGGCCAUCAUGGACGUCAACCGCUUAGGCCAAAGUGACCCUGCACCCCUGCAGCAUCACGUAGAGAAAUACCAGAAGCGCUGUGAGGCUUUCGGCUGGUAUGCCAUUAUUGUGGAUGGUCACAGCGUUGAAGAGCUUUGCAAGGCUUUGAGCCUGCCACGUCAUCAACCCACUGCAAUUAUUGCUAAAACCAUCAAAGGCAAAUGCAUUCCAGCUGCAGAGGAUAAGCUGGGCUGGCAUGCUAAAGCUUUGCCCAAAGACAUGGCUGAGAUGGUUAUGAAGGAUCUGCAGAGCCAGAUUAUGAACACCAGCAAGCACCUUUACCCCCCUGCUCCUAUCGAGGACUCCCCACCUGUUAGCCUGAGGAACAUCCGCAUGCCAAGCGCACCCAACUACAAGCCUGGAGAAAAAAUUGCUACUCGCAAGGCGUAUGGAAUGGCACUGGCCAAGUUAGGUCGCUACAAUGAACGUGUAGUGGUCCUUGAUGGAGACACCAAUAAUCUCACCUGCUCUGAGAUCUUCAAGCAUGAACAUCCAAACCGCUUUGUUGAGUGCUACAUCGCUCAACAGAACAUGGUCAGUGUUGCCAUGGGAUGUGCUGCCCGGGAGAGGAACGUUGUAUUUGCCAGCACCCUUGCCUCCUUUUUCACUCGUGCCUAUGAUCAGAUUCGCAUGGCAGCAAUUUCAGAAAGCAACAUCAACUUGAGUGGCUCCCACUGCGGUCUGUCCACUGGAGAAGAAGGUCCCUCUCUGAUGGCUCUAGAGGACAUGGCAAUGUUCAGGGCUCUUCCCACUGCUACAAUCUUCUACCCCAGUGAUGGUAUCACCACAGAAAAGGCUGUGGAACUGGCUGCAACUACAAAGGGUGUUUGCUACAUUCGAACCAGCCGCCAAGACAAUGCCAUCAUCUAUAACAGCAAUGAGGAUUUCCAUGUUGGACAGGCAAAAGUGGUGUUCCAGAACAAAGAGGAUCAAGUGACUGUGGUUGCAGCAGGAGUGAUUGUGCAUGAAGCCCUUGCUGCUGCUGAGCAUCUCAAGAAAGAGAGGAUCACUGUAAGAGUGAUUGACCCCUUUACAAUCAAACCGCUGGAUGUUAAAACCAUCAUCGACCAUGCACGUGUCACCAGGGGAAGGAUCCUCACCGUUGAAGACCACUACUAUGAAGGUGGUCUGGGGGAGGCAGUAUCCUCAGCAAUGGUCAACGAGUCCGGGUUUACUCUGCAUCGCCUGGCUGUGUCCCACGUUCCCCGAAGCGGCAAACCUCAUGAGCUCCUGAAGAUCUACGGAAUAGACCGCGACGCCAUUGCCCAGGCAAUCCGAAAGAUGCUUAGCAGCUCUGCUAAUGCCAAGUAAUUUUUUCCCAUGCCCCACCCACCUUUCUAAGUACACCCUUCAGGUGGAGAUAGACAGGUAUAUUUUGGAGGCACAGAACCCAUUUUUAUCAUUAAAUCAUUCACUGUAAAAAAAAAAAAAAAAAAAAAAAGCUGUGUGCUGAAGUGUUGUGAUUUUGUGCAGUUCACCUUGAAGUAGACUUCUGCUUUAACCUUCCUUUUGUGCAUUCAUCCUCCCACACAAAUAGAGAUAAACAGUCUCUGUAACACACACAUCUUCACUCAUAAACUCUUUACUUCUUAUGGAUCCAGUCCAAAAAUGAGAUGUUGCCAUUGGUCACUUUGUCUUUGAUGGAUUAUCACUGUGUAAAACAAUUUGUUGUUCCAUUUCAACACGUUACUUGAGAUGCACCGAUCUGAGAUUUGUGGCCGAUUUCUGAACUACUGUUUUUGUAAAGCUUUGACCUGCCAAAACCAACUUUAGCACUUUUCUGAUAAGGAAGUAGAAAUAUCAGCAUUCAGGUUUUUUUUUUACCUGGCCUUACUGUCAUGAUCAAUAAAUAACAAUAACAAGGUUAUUUAUAUAAGGAGCAAUGUCACACAGCAUGUAUGACAGAAUUGUCUCUGUGAACCAGUGUUUUACAAUUUUAAAACAAAUACAAAAUUAUUAGAGUUUAGAUUUGAAGUUGUCUUUAUCAUCUUAUAUUAGCAAUUAGCAUGAUUUGCACAGUUAGCAUUAGCAACUGUAAACUGCCAUCUCUGUGAGUAUUCAAUAGAGUUUAGAUCCUUACCUGAACUCUGACAUUUUCAAAAGGCUGUCAGCCUUUCCCAAUCCAUCCUUUUCUAUGACAGAAAUAGGUUAAAACUUUAAAAGGCUAACAUAUUUGCUGUGAUAUCUUCCGACUUCCUGGUAUCUGAGAAUCAGUCAGUCAGUUCGCCCCUUCGCUAAUUCCUUUCCCAUGUCUCCACAGCUGGCAAAAGUUGAAGUCUUGUGGCAGAUGACAAUUUUCCAUUGACAAAAAGAUUGGGUAAAAAAGAACGAAAUGACUAGAAGCUAUCAAAGUCUAGGUCUCUUUUGUAGCAGCCCCAAUGAGCCCAUGACAAUCGUACCUAAAAAAAAAAAAAGUUUCCUUUGAAAAAUUGUUUUGUUUUUGAAUUCAUUUUUAUAACGCUUACUAAAACGGAAAAUUGCUAACUUUGAGUCUUCCCGCAGUAACAGCAUCAGCAUCAAAGAGUGUUGUUGUAAGAGCAAGUUGUUAGUUCUCAGGUGUGAUAUGUUCGCAGAAACAUAUUACAUUUUGAGUAUCUCGCUGGCUGGUCACCGGUCAGGGCCCAUCAAGCUUUAAAUCUGCCAAUUUUGGCCAGCUGAUUUCUCGGUGCAUCUAUGCAUGUUACUCUUUUAUGUCCUUUCAGUGCUUACUGAUUUACCUUGUUCAACAAGAAAUAGUUGUGUAUUGCUCUAAUGUUCUAAUACUGGGUGGGGCCCAGUUUUAAUGUAGGUGUUAAUUGUGUCAACAGUGUCAGAAAGACGACCUGGGUUCUUGUUUGUAAAAGGUAGCAGGGGGCAAAAUAAGAUCAAACAAAUGUUGUGAGGUUAUAAACCGUAAGCCACUAAAUAAGGGUUCACUUCCUUAUGCUCGUUCAUUUCAGCUCUGUUUUUAAUAUUGAUUUUAAAGCUGUUUAAACAAACACACCUCAGGGCUUCAGGUCCAUCCAGUGUUGGUACAGAGUUUGACUAAUAAAGGCUGUGGCUGUGAUUUUAGUUACAUCUGACUUGUGAACAAGAGAAAAAAUACACCUUCUUGGUUACUUGACAUUUUGUAUCUCCCAUACUAUCAUGCAAUAAAGCCCUCUGCAUUUGACUUAGAAAAA